AUGUCCUUGUGGCUACCAGGUACAUAUUCGCAUCUCGCGUUGUCGUGGCGAAACCUCUCAAGGAGACUAACGUUUGUGGGUGAUCAGGUCUGCCAGUUCUGCUUCAACAACAUCAAGAACAACAUGAACGGACUCUGUCCUGCAUGCCGAAGACCGUAUGACGAAAAGACGAUAGAGUGGAAAGUCGUGACACCAGAAGAGGUUGCCGAGUUCAGUGCGAAUAUCCGGAAGAACCAGAAGAAACGAGCACUAGACCAGCGGCAGAAGGAGGUACAAAAGCGUGAAGCUGAGAAAGAGAAUCGGAAAAACCUCGUCGGCGUCCGGGUCGUUCAGAAGAACCUCGUUUACGUGACGGGGUUGACACCAACGGUUCGAGAGGAUGAACUCCUCAAGACACUCAGGAAACCCGACUUCUUUGGUCAAUACGGCAACAUCCAGAAGAUUUCGAUCAGCAAUCGAAAGAGUUCGGACGGCCACAACCAGUCUCUCGGCAUCUACGUCACUUUCGAGAAGAAGGAGGACGCUCAGCGAUGCAUCCAGGCUGUCCACGGUUCUCAGAAUGGCGACAGGGUGCUGAGGGCCCAACUUGGCACAACCAAGUACUGUUCCGCAUGGCUGAGACAUGAGCAAUGCACGAAUCGACAGUGCAUGUUUCUUCAUGAGCUGGGAGAGGAAGAAGACAGUUACACUCGCCAGGACUUGUCCUCGAUGAACAGCAUCAACACCCAACGCCCUCUGCCACCCAAUGGCAGCUCGUCUCGAUCCGCCUCUCGCCAGCAAUCGACGCCCGCUCCUGGCCCUCCGCCCGGCCCAACACCCGCUGCCGCCGCGCCUGUUGCUCAACCCAUGGCUCGUUCCUCAAGCAAGGAUGAAUCAGAAAACGGGGGCGAUGGGUCUGCUCUGCCUUCCUCUGCGAAUUGGGCCCGUAACCCUCAACGCAGUCGUAGAGGAAGUCAUGCUACUAGCGGCGCGGCUCCGAGUCCUGCGAUCUCGACGUCACUCCCAGUCACAGCUGAAGCUGUGCCGGAAGCCAUCGAUGAGUCUCCCGCUGAAGAGUCCUCAGCACCGUCCACCUCCUCGCAAUCUGAAAGCCCCUCAAGUCCGGUAGUCGAGCAACCCAAGCAGGUUGGCAUUCCGGAAAACAUUCUCAAGGCACUUCUAAAGGCUAUGGAAGCCUGUCCUUUUAAGUUUGCUGGUUUCGAUUCAACUGAGACAAAUGAAACUCCACCUAUGUUCGACAUGCGUGGUGGCGAGAAGAGGCGAGCCAUGCGCGAAGAGGAGGAAGCGCGGCUCGCUGUAGACCAGGAAGAGCAAAUCGACCAAGUCGAGCUUUCGGAGGGCGAGCCUGAAGCAGGUGGUAGCCUUGCUCUGGGCGGUGAGCCUGAAGACCGCGACGCGCCUCGUGAGGCAGCAUUCGACCAACGCCGGGGAAGCGCGCAGCCUCCUAUCCAGCGCGGUAGCACGGACGGCAUGUUUGGCCCUGCUAUCGGCUCCGGCUUCAGCCAGGCAACAUCCAAUGCCGGAAGCCGGUCCAUGACACCACAGCAGCAACUGUACAUGCGAGGCCAGAGUGGAUUCGGUGACCACCUCCCCCCCGGCAUCACACCCGGCCAGGGAUCGCUUGCAUCGCAGCAGGGCGGUGGCCAUAAUCGCCAGGGAUCAAGGUUCAGUUUUGCUAAUGACAAUUCUGGCUCGUCUUCGAUGAAGGUAUCUGCGAACCCGCGGAUCAUGGCUCAACAGUCUGCGAUGAUGCCAUCGUCUUUCCACGCGCAACCAGGUAGCCAGUACUACUCGUCUUCCAUGCCUGGACCACCUCCAGGACUCAAGUCGACAGGCACGCCGCCGGCCAUGUUCGGACAGGGCCAGGGGUACGGUGGCGCGGGCUUCGGUGCCGCGUCAAAGGAUUCUGCUGAGCUUCUUCAGAGCUUGAUCAGGGGCCGAGGCGCGGCCAAUAGCCAGGCUCAUGAUGCCGCAAAGCGUGAGUUGAUGUCUUCCUUUUCUAAUCAGUACCCACCCUCCACCUCUUCCUCCCCAGCCCCUGCUCCGGGUCUCCUGGCGUCGCUCUACGGUAACCCCCCUGGAGCAUUCCAAGACUUUGGUCCCAAGCAGCAGAAGAAGAAGGGGAAGAAGCACAGACAUGCUAACACUUCCUCCUCUGGGGGAGGUGGCCUAGUCGAUCUUGCGGACCCGAGUAUCUUGCAAGCAAGAAUGCAGCACCAGUCGCAGGGCAGCGCCGGAGUCGGACAGGGACUGUUCGGUGGACAGAGCCAAGAUGAUGAACUUCCUUCACUCGACGAAGCAUCGAGCUCCGUUGACGCGUUGGUCUCAGACGACCCCUUGGAUACGAACCUGUUCAUCCAAGGAUUCGGAUCAUCGCGCGCCUCUACAGCCACCCCUGGUCCGCCGCCAGGGCUGGGUCUAUCCCACAGACACCCAUCACCCGCCAUUCGCACCACGCUUGCGGCGCCUGUAGUUCCUGCGAUGCUUCAGCAGCCCGCGCGUGUCGCAACCCCUACGGCUACCAAAACGCAAACACUUGCGAGCGUUGUCGGCUCAGUCACACCAGAUCAGACCCCUCGCAAGAAGGUGCCCGGCUCCGAGGCGAAGAAAAAUAUCAAGGCAUUGGCAGUCGAGAGUGGUUUGUCCAAGGAUAUUGCCGCGUCUUCGCCAGCUCUUCGGUCAAAGAAGCUCCUGCAAGAAGAGGACUUCCCUGCUCUAGAUGCUGUCAAGAGCCCAGCACCCAAGACGAUCGCCCCGGCCGUGCCAGCAGUCCUCACGCCCAAAACGGCAGUGACACCCAGCAAAAAGCCUCAGACAGAAACGAAGGAGACCAAGGCGUCUUCUGAGCCGAAAGCCGAUAGCGAGCCAGUUCCGUCGACGCCUUCCAAGGUAACUGAGUCUUUGAAGUCGCUCGCCAAAUCGCCCAUCAAGCCUACGUCUAAGGCUGCCGAUUCCAAGCCAGCGCCUGUUCUGAACAUUGCCGCAGCCGUGAAAGCUGCCCAGGCAAAAACAUCAGCCGAAGCCUCAACCGUCUCCUCUGAUAAGGCUGAUUCGGCUGCAUUUCCAGCCUUGCCGCCGCCAUCAGCAGCCAGUGUCUCAUCCCCAAGUGUCAAGGCAGCACCCAAGACUCUUCGUGUGGUGAACACGCCAAAGGCGGAAGUGCCACCCACUCUACCUAUGAGCGGCACACUGAACGCAGCAACCCGGGCUCUGUCUGGCGUCCACCGUCCUGACACGCCUGGAAGUCACGAUAUCAGUGAUACCGCCUCGGUAGUGUCCACGUCCAUCUCUGUCUCUCGCACCAGCUCCCCGCCGCCCUCAAGGAUUGGUUCCGCUCCUGUCCGGACCAACACCAAGAGCCAACAGCGCAAGGCGCGCAAGGAAGCUAACAAGGUUGCUGCAAUCGUCGAGGCUGCGAAACCUGUUGAGCCUGAGGAGCAUGCGCCCAUCCUAGGCCGCAAGAAAAAGGUCAAGAAGGAGAAGGCCGCCAAAAUCACAGAGAAGAAGGCUUCAGCAGCUGCGGCAGCAACAGCGACUGCUGCGGCCGAAUCCAAGACGGAAGAGACCGACAGCACCCCAGUUCCUCCCAAGAGGUCGGAGAGUGAAAAGCAGGACCAGAAAGCCAAGGCUGGUAACACGGCCAACGCUUCCCAGGAGAAGGGGAAAGGAAAGGAGAAGGCCGUUGCGCCGUCGCCGAAGAACACGCCAAAACCUGUCUCACCGGAGCCCGCUGCUCCCGUUGCCGAGGAGUCGAAGGAUGUUGGCGAGAAUCCCAAGACAACCCCAGAGUAUGUCUUCAAUGAGCUUGUCAGCAGCGGCAUGUCUUUUGCGGCCGAUAUGCUGCAGCUCUUGAAGCCUGUCAACGACCAGAGCAACCGCGGCGGUGACCGUGCUGCCGCCGCCGCCGCCGACACCAACAAUCCGCCUCCUUCGACUAAGAGUAUUGUGACGGAGAAGGAUCAUGCGAAGCUUCUUUCUGGAAAGCCGGUUCGCAAGGUGAUCGAUGGCCAUCGGGUACUCAUCACACCCAACGGCGACUGCCUGCGUCAUUUGACGGAGCAAGAGGAACAGAACUACCUAUUCUACCAAAAGCGUGUCGCCCUGAUGACGGACGAGCCUGACGCGUUCGUCGCGCCCCGUCACUUCCCCCGAGGCGGCGGCUUUUCGCUCAUCAAGGGGCGCGCGGUGCCUAACGGGGUUCCGUCUUUCUUCCCGCCCCCGCCCUCCCAGCAGCAGCGCCUGUUCGCCGAUGACCCCGUCAACAAGCUGCAGCGCGAGGAGGCCAUCAGCUACAUCAACCAAUUCGUGCUGCCGCGCCUGAACCUUGGUACCGCAAACCUGGGUUUCGCCAGCAACUGGAAGUCGCAGGGCAAUGCGAACAACAAUGCCCAGGAAUUCCAGUUGACGGGCACCAAGCGCGAUGUCGCCGCCGCAAGCCUCAACACGCUGGCGCCCUGGAUCUACGGCCACGACGCCGCUGCUGGCGCAGGCAUCUACUCGGCCGAGAGCGGCACCGGCGGCCUCCGCGACGUGCCCGAGGACGAGACUCCCUUUGGCGGCCUCGAUUCGCCGCACCCGCACCACCACCACCCGCACCAACCUCACGGCGUGGGCUACGGCAGUGGUCCCGAAGGCGUCGCCACGGCCACGGCCGGCCCCGGCGGCCCGCAGCAGUACUCGACCAAGCUGCCGCCCCUCAACGGCAUGUCCCUCAUGAGCGUCGAAGAGGCCGAGACGGCGCUGCAGCUCGCGCGCAAGGAGACGGAACGCCUCGAAAAGGGCCUCAACCAGGUCAUCAAGCGCAACCGCCGCCUCCUGCUGCCGGCGGGGAGGUGA